CUCACGUUCAGAUUAAAAAUUGUCUUCGCCGAGCGAGUAAGUCGCGUAAUAAUACGUUCUGUGCUGCCAGUGUUUUUAUGUGUGCAGGAUUCAGUGCUGCCGAAUCUGUCACAGCAUCAAUAGCAAUAGUUGUAAGGUACUUUUCUAGUCUCGAUAUAUGAGUAGUGAUCAGUGUUCAUUGUUGUUGCGUGGAAAGCGUUGUGGAAGAGAAAGAGCCAGUGUGUUGUGUUUCGUUUGUAUGUGAAAUGCUCGUAGACUUUAGCAUCGGACGCGAAUGAAGGACGCAAUUGUCAGUGCGUCCAUUGAACAAUCAGCACUGCACAAGCUAAAUGCUCUCGCGAAUCUUCCGCGGCGAGAACGAUAACGCCGCGGUCAAGAGGCGCAGGCAAAUCGACACUCUCAAGAUAUUCAAUGACAAUGUUUUGGAACUCAAAGAAGAUGUCGAAUAUCAAGUGCAAUUUGAUGCCGGAGACAAACGAAUGGCCAUUAUGGUCUCGUUAUCUCCUGAAUUUCCAUUGGAAAAACCAGUACUUAGAGUAUCACCUCCGAUAGCCCAUAAGUGGUGCAAUGAACACAGUGAAAUUGUCAGUGCACCUGGAUUAUUGAAUUUCACAGUUCACAGUGAUCUAGGGCGGGUUGUUCAAGCAAUAAUCAGAGAAUUCAGUAAAAACCCACCAAAGUUUAUAGGAGAUAAUUCGCCAGUAGCUAAUAUAAACCUUACAGAUAUAGCAGGAAGAGCAUCACCUUGUUAUAAUACAUGGAACUCGCAAGAACUAGUUGCAAAUGCAUAUAGUCCAUAUUACAAUUCAGCUUAUCAGCAAUUUGCAUCUUCGUCUAAUACAACUCCGGGCACCUACAAUUUUAAUUACACAAAUGCUAGCAAUGUAUAUAAUGUUGAAGCACAGACAAAACAACAAUUUUCUUACAAUGGACUUGUACAGCAACAAACACAGCCUCAGUCUCAGCUCCAGCCUCAAUCUCAGUCACAGCUUCAGCCUCAGCUACAACCUCAACCUCAGUCACAACUUCAGUCACAGCUUCAAUCUCAGCCUCAAACACAGCUUCAAUCCCAGCUUCAACCUCAGCCCCAGUCACAGCUUCAGUCACAGCUUCAGUCACAGCUUCAGUCCCAGCUUCAACCUCAGCCCCAGUCACAGCUUCAAACACAACUGCAACCACAGCUUCAGUCACAACUGCAGUCACAUCUUCAACCCCAGCUUCAACCUCAGCUUCAACAACCUUACACAACCAAUUCUCCUUUUACUCCAAGCAUGCCACUUUAUGCUACUACCAGUAUACAAACUCCUCCUGUACAAAAUAAAGUGCAGUGCCCCAUCAUGAAACUGCCAACAUGUCCAGAUUUCCCCGAAUUGGAUAAUAUGUCCAAUGAGGAACUGAGAAAAUUAGGCAAUGAUACUGAUUUAAUGGAUGAAUUUUUAGAAAAACAUUCUAAAAUAAAAGAAAUGGAUUCAUCUGUAAAUUGUGCUAUUGACUGGGUAGAAAAAUUAGCUAACUCAAAUCUAAACCGCGAGCAAGAGCUUGUAGCGUUGCAAGAAGAUAUAGCCUCCAAGGUUGAAACUUUUGAAUCCUCGCGCACUCGCUACGACGAAUUGUCACAGCGGUAUAAAAAAUUGUCUGAAGUAUUUGCACCCGAGAACAUUCGAGAUCGCUUACGUGAAGCUGCUGAUGAAAGUCAGGAGCAAAGUGAAGUGAUAGCUCAAGAUUUUCUCAAUCAAAAAAUCGAUGUUGAACGCUUUCUGAGUACCUAUAUAGAAUGUCGUAAACUUGGACAAGCACGCAGAACUAAAGAAGAAAAACUCACACAUCAGUUAAAUGAAAUCAAACGAACACAACGUCGUUGAAAAAACUGUGUUCGCGUUUUACGUACAAUAAUAUACGCUUUUGUAUGUACGACAAAGGUGCGUGCUUAUUUCCUGUGAUUUCGUACUGCAUGGGUAACGUGGAAGAAUUUUUAAGAAACAGUGUUUUUUGCUGGUUAAAGGACUGUAUUUUUGAAAAAAUAUAUUUUUUAAUUCUACUCUACGUUUAUUUGAUGAGAUAAUUUUACCUAAUAGCUAGACUUUUCACAUUAUUCAACUAACUUUUGUAUGUUGCUUCAUGAACGAAAUAGCAAUGAAUGUGUACAUUAAAGAUUAAAUAAUCCAUCGCUGGCUUGAUGGUGACUUUUUUAUUCAGUUUAAAUUACUCAAAUGAUAAGUCAGCACAUAAAAUUAUCAUGUAAAAUCUUAUACUUUGUACGCACGUUAAAUUUCAUUGAAAUCGAAAAAUAAUCUGCAUAAUCCUUGAAAUAUUUUCAGUACUGAUUUAAAGAUACUAUGUAUACAAAUGUAAUAACUUGUAAAAAAUGCAGUUCAAUGGCUUGCAGCGAACAAAAAUUGCAAUUAUUAAUUGAAAACUUUAUUUUGAAGAAUUCUGAAAGUAUAAAAUAACUGGACAGCGUUUUACCGUAACUAUCAUUUUAAUUCUGAAAGAAAUACGCGUAGUUAGACAAUAAGUCGGCGAACAAAUUUAAAAACAAACAAAAAAAAUAUAUGUUAUUUUUCACAAUAUUAAUUUUUUGCACUGCGUACAUUCCAAGCCUGAAUGUUAAAAUGAAGAACAAUAAUAUCCUCAGAAUAAUUAUGAGCCAUAACACAAACACUUUACUAGUGUUUCGUUCAUUACAACUAGUUUAAUUAUUAUAUUCAAAUGCGAUGAUAAAUGUAGAGUUUGAUUUUAAUUCAACAGUACUCUUCGGAGGAAACACUUUUUUACUAUUAUAAUGGUGUAAAUAUAUGGGUCAAAAUAAUACUUUUUUACAAAACCGUGCGCACGU